AUGAGUGACAGAUCAACUAAGGAGUCUUUGUCGGCAUCCAAGAGAGGAAUUGUCAACGAGCUGCAUAGACAAGCCAGAAAGAAAUUCGUUAGAAGAAAGGUUUUUGUACGCGGUAUAGAUGAUUUGUGGCAAGCCGACCUGAUAGAAAUGAUUCCUUAUGCUAGGAUAAAUGGAGGGAAAAAGUAUGUUUUGAUGGUGAUAGAUGCGUUAUCAAAAUAUGCAUGGGCAGUGGCGUUAAAUAACAAAGCUGGAAAAACGGUUGCAUCAGCAUUGGAAAGUGUGAUUGAAGGAAGCGGUCGGAUACCACGCAACAUUCAAAGUGAUCUCGGCACUGACUUUUACAAUAAAGAGAAGCGUCACUUAUCUGAUGAUGAAGAUGACGAUGCGUAUGUGUUGAGUGAUGAUGGAACCAAGAGGUUCAGAGCUGCAGUGGAUCCUGACGUAUCACGUCAAAAAGUGUCUAAAGAGUUGGAUGAUAAGCUCAAGACGCUACAAGACUCGGAUAAAAAAACGUCUACAUCUUUAGUAUCUUUGGAUGAUAAGCUCAAGAAGCUGAAAGACUCAGAUGAGAAAACGUCUACACGUUUGAUAUCUUUGGAUAAAAAAAUCAAAAAGCUACAUGAAUCAGACGAGAAAACUUCUGCAUCGUUAGUAUCUUUGGAUGAUAAGCUCAGGAAACUACAAGACUCGGAUGAAAAAACGUCUGCAUCUUUAGUAUAUUUGGAUAAAAAAAUCAAAAAGCUACAUGAAUCAGACGGGAAAACAUCUGAAUCGUUGGUAUCUUUAGAAGAAGAGAUAAAGAAACUGCAAGAAUCAGAUGAGAAAACAUCAAAAUUAUUAGGAACCUAUGAUAGAAGGAUAAACACGUUGGAUGAAUCAGAUGUCAAAACUUUAAAAUUGCUUACAAAUAUUGAUGCAAAGCUCACUGUAUUACUCACGACACCAAAAUUAUCUCUCUCUUAA